ACGCCGAGCACCAAUGGGCGGCCGCGCUGUCUAAGGCAGAGCCCGCGGGCCCAGAGGCAGAGAACAGAACAGCAGCGGCGUCCGCGGGAAGUCUACGCCGGAGACGCGUACCCCGCUGCCCCGAGCUGUGAUGAGCACCCCAGCCAUCCCCCAGGGCCUGCAGCUGAACCCGAGUCAGAGGGCCCAGUCCGCAUUCAGAGAGCAAAGAAGACAAAAACUCAAGGAGCAUCUGUUAAAAAGAAAAACUUCCUUUGCCUGCAAACAGGAAAAUCAGAUGUUACUCAGUGAUGGAGAUCAGAGAGUCAGGACAUCUGAAGGCCAGAUCCAAGAAGGGAAAAAAGUUCUGAAAAUAAAGACAAAAAUGGCUGAUAAAGAGAAUGUCAGUAGACCUAUCGGGAUCAAAAAUAAUUUAACAGUGGAAAAAAACUGUAUUCCUUUAAAACCUUCUAAUGAAUUAACCAAUUCAACCAUAGCCACGGAUCCACCUAAUUCUGAGGAUAAUAAUCAAACUCUGCCAUUGUUACCAGUUAAAGAUGACCCCCAAGGUCAACAUAGAACAUUAAGCCAAACAUUUCAUCUUAAAAACAACAGUAAAAAAAACACAGUGAUUACAGAAAAACCAAAGCACGAUGCUAACGUGCCCAAGAAACCUGUGCUUGGAGCAUAUCGUGGCCAAAUUGUUCAGUCUAAGAUUAAUUCCUUUAGAAAACCACUGCAAGUCAAAGAUGAGAGUUCUGCAACAACCAAGAAACUUCCAGCAACUGUCUCUAAAGCCACAAAGCCUCAGCCUGGAGACGUCAGCAGCGUAACAGUGAAAAGUGAUAGAGCCUCACAUAUGACAUCUGCCACUAAAUUUGCAAGCACUACAUCUCAGAUCCGACACCUUGUGCGACCUCCUAUUAGAAGUCAAAACAAUAAAGCCCAGGAUGCCAUGAAACCGGGCAGCAGCAGGAUGUCAGCCAAUGUCACAGUUCGGAAAGGGCCUCGAGAGAAAGAGUUAAACACAGUUUUGUCUAGCAUCAAGACCAGUUCUUCGCAGGACAUAAAAGGAGAUAAGACACUAUCAAAAAGCAUGGCAGCUGGAAUGGCAGCCAGGCCUACUUCAUCUUCUAAUACUAAACUGAUAGAAAAGUCAAAGAGCGCUGAGCAGCGCAGACACACUACAGUGAAAGCAGCUGUUGACAGUAGAUGGACUCAGCCCAGAGAAACUGCGGAGGAGAGAAAAGCUCGUUUGAGUGAGUGGAAAGCUGGCAAAGGAAGAAUUCUGAAGCGUCCUCCGAGCUCAGCAGUUACCCGGCCUGAGCCCGAAACACAAAAUGAACAACCUGUUGGAUCCUUCUGGACUACCAUGGCAGAAGAAGAUGAGCAACGACUGUUUACCGAAAAAGUGAACAAGACAUUUUCCGAAUGCCUGAACCUGAUUAAUGAGGGGUGCCCCAAAGAAGAAGUAUUAGUUACACUAAAUGACCUGAUUAAAAAUAUUCCGGAUGCCAAAAAGCUGGUUAAAUAUUGGAUAUGCCUUGCACAUAUUGAAUCACUCACAAGUCCUAUUGAAAAUAUUAUCGCAAUCUAUGAGAAGGCCAUUCUGGCAGGAGCUCAGCCCAUCGAAGAGAUGCGACAUACAAUUGUUGACAUUCUGACAAAGAAGAGUCAAGAAAAACUUAAAUUUGGAGAAAAUAUUGAGGAGACUUGUGCAGCCAAAGAAGAAAUCCAAGAAGCCCACACUGAUAUAGGUGUUGAUCUAGAACCAGAAAAACUGGAAAUGGAAAAUAAGCAUCCUAGAAAUGUGGUGUUUCAAGACUGUGAGAAAGAGGAAGAUGACAAAGUAAAAGACCCAACCAGUGAUGUUAAAACCCCAAGUACAAACACUAGGGCAGGUUGCUUAAUUAAAUAUAAUGUGUCUACUACGCCAUACUUGCAGAGCGUAAAAAAGAAGAUGCAGUUUGAUGAAACAAAUUCAGCAUAUAAAGAGCUAAAGUUUCUAACGCCAGUUAGACGUUCUCGACGUCUUCAGGAGAAGACUUCUAAACUGCCAGAUAUGUUAAAAGACCAUUAUCCUUGCGUGUCUUCGUUGGAACAGUUAACAGAGUUGGGACGUGAAACUGAUGCUUUCGUGUGCCGCCCCAACACAGCCCUGUGCAGAAUGUUCUCUGAACAUGACCCAACAGAAGAGGAGUGAAGUUCUAAUAAGGAAUGGAGUUAUAUUAUAUUCCAAGAGUGGUUGGCUGGUUGGUUGGUUGUGGUUUUGUAUGUCCUUUAGGUCAGGAGUUGCCAAGCACCUAAGUAUUCAUGGCAGAAAGUUAAUCCUGCCUUGUUGAUCUCAACAGACCGAGUUUUUCUCUGAGAUAGUGAUUUGUUAAGGCCGAGUUAGCUCACCCUGUCGCCCAGUUCUGUGGUCUCCUGUGUCCCCGCCUGCUCACUGCCGCUCUCCAUCAGCGCCGGUGGCUGCAUCUGUGGUCUCUUGACUGCUUUCUUUUUAUUAUAGCCAAGGUCAUAAGAAGGAUAGUUAACUACUCCAUUUCUAAGGGAAAAUGAUUUGUGGUAAGGAAGAAAACGUGCCAAAGCUGGUGGGUCUUUGGAACUUUAAAUCUGAGUUCCUUUCUUAAGUUCCUUUUCUAACUUGACUAUCUAAAAUGCUAAAAAAAUGUUGACCCCAUCGCUUCGUUUGAUAACAGUUUAUAUAGACUAUUAAAAUGGAAUUAGAGAAGGAAUAUAUACUGUUUCAUAAAUGUCAUUCUAGUUUAAGUAGUAUUUCUAAAAUAACUAAUAACUUCAAACUGAUUUCUUCCUUGUGAUGUUAAUAUAAAAACUUCACUGUUAAAUCACAUCUCCUAAAACAUGAUAAUCAUACACAGUAGUAGGACUCCUCUCACACAUAAAUACCACCAAGUAAAGCUGUUUUGAAAGUCUCCAAACUAAUACCUAAGUGGCGUGUAUCCUUCAUCAGCUCUACAGUUUCAAUAAGGAUUUGGUCAUUGUAAAAGAUUAGAUAGUUUUAAAACUGCAUAAUAUGAAUAUAGUUAAAAAUCACUACUUAUUUAUGUUCAUGAAUUCCAUUUAUAUAAUAGUGCCAAUCUUUGUUCUAUUUACUGUCUCACGUUCUAGAGAGUAGGAGUUUUAUUCCUUUUAAACUAUGUAUCUACUAUAUAUACAAUAAAGUAAAAUAUCUCCAUAAC